CUUCGCUUUUGGUCGAUGCCCGGCUGAGGGUUAGACCGUGUGAGCGGUAAUCUCCAGGUAGGAUCCAGUACACAGCGAUGAGGCUCCGUGUGGCCGGAGCCGUGCUGCUGUCGGCGGCCGCCUACUACGUUUAUCUGCCGCUACCGAGCGGCGUGAGCGAACCAUGGAAGCUGAUGCUGCUGGACGCGCUGUUCCGGAGCUUCAUGCAAGCGAGCGACGUGGCUCAUGCUCUGGGCCUGUGCCAUCGCGUUCACCUGCUGAACCGGGUGGUGAACUGGAUGGAGGCGAUCGAGGCGCAGCCCUGCGCCGCCGUGCACGUGGCCGACUCCACGCUGGGGGGCGUGGCCACGCGCGUCUUCCAGCCGCAGGGCGGGAGGAGGCUCAGGCGAGGAGUCAUCUAUUUCCACGGCGGAGGCUGGGCCCUCGCCAGCGGACGGAUGCGAUCCUACGACCUGCUGUGUCGGAAGAUGUCCGAGGACCUGGACGCCGUCAUCAUGUCUGUGGAUUACCGCCUCGCUCCAGAAGCCGUGUUUCCGGAUCAGUACCAUGAUGCAUUAGCGGCAUCGCGGGCCUUCCUGUCCCCGCAGGUUCUACAGCGCUUUAACAUCGACCCGGAGAGGGUUUGUGUGUCGGGAGACAGCGCUGGAGGGAACCUGGCUGCUGCCGUGGCUCAGGAGCUCGGCUCCGACGACUCCGUCACGGUGAAGUUCAAGCUGCAGGCGUUGAUCUACCCGGUGCUGCAGGCCCUCGACUUCCACACCGCCUCGUACCAGCAGAACCAGGCCGUGCCCAUCCUCUACAGGCCCGUCAUGGUCCGUUUCUGGCUGCAGUACCUGGGCGCUGAUGGAUCCCUGGAGCCCCUCCUGCUCGCCAACAACCACAGCGCCCUGGACGAGCCGGCCAUCAGCGCCGAGACCCGUUCCAAACUGGACUGGACCACUCUGCUCCCCAGGGGGCACAGGAAGCACUUUCAGCCAGUGCUUAAAGAAAUCGGGUCGCCAGGGGUGGUGGGCCGGGUGCCGGCGCUGAUGGAUGUUAGGGCAGCGCCGCUGCUGGCGGAGCAGGGCAUUCUGGGUAGGACCCCCAAAGCCUACGUGAUGACCUGUGAGUUCGACGUGCUGAGGGACGACGGGCUGAUGUACGCCAGGCGCCUGCAGGACGCCGGCGUCACGGUGACCACAGAUCACUAUGACGACGGUUUCCAUGGCUGCAUGGUCUUCGCAUUCCUGCCCAUGAUGUCCAGUGUUGGACAGAGGAGCAUGAACGGCUACAUCCGCUGGCUGGACCAGAACCUGUAGACCUGUAGAUCCAAAGCUCAUGUUUGGUACGUCGAGGUUCUGACAAUACCGAUGAUCACACCAAGAAAUCAUUGUCUGUUUCCAUCAAACUACCAAAGAUGAUGCCGCCUCUUUCAGGCUGUGGAUUCAGUAAAAUCAGAUUCACGGGAAGUUGCUGAUCAUUUCCUAAAAUGAGGGAGACGUUUUUAAUCAGUGAGAGACUUAGAUGAAGAUGAUUUCACUCUUGGCUUCAAAAAGCGUGAAAACCCUCGAAGCCACACGUAAUCAAACCCUAAUAAAACCAUAAAACCUGGGAGAGAAGCAGACGCUGCCUGUGGGUGAACUGCCAGGACUCAGUGUGUCCUGUUCACUGUCAGAGCCUGGACUCACUGUUCUGACACACACAACAGUUCCCGAGCCUCCAGUGUGUGUGUUGGGUGAAAGUAUGCCGGAGGUCACCGCUGGUUGAGCAACGCAGGGCGUCUGAAGCCUCCCUCCCUCCGCGAGCUCCCUCCAGCACCACUGCAAUGGUGACCACAAGCGCUGACUUUUACGCCGGACAUGGGGUCCCUGAAGGGGUCGUGGUGCUCAGUAACGAGCUGAAUGACGACUGCUGCUGCUUCGUCCUCCUCCAUCCAGGUUCCUCCUUCCUCCACCACGGAGGCUCGUGAACACGUCUGACUGCUGUGAACAGAAUCAGAGGUGGUUUGAGCCAAGCAGACGCACAGGCUGGUCCUGAGGGACCCGGUGGUAACGAGUGCCUGGUCCUGUGGAGGACAGAACGAGGACGGGCCGGGGAGCUGGGUUCAGGUCCAGUUACUGCCUGAGGAAGCUCGUCCAUCUGACCACUGCCCUGGUGUGAAUGUGAAACGGACGCUGCUCAGACACAGCUGGGUUUUAUUGUGUGCCGCCAAUCUUUUUAGCUACUGUUAGGUUUUAAUGUACAAUACUUUAUACAUUUUCCAUUUUAUAUUAUGUGGACGUCCAUAAAUGCUUGAAGUCAUUUCACAGCUGGUCGUAAAUCACCUAAAUGACUCGGCAUGUGACGGUUCCGAAUGUUGUGUGUUGUGUGUCUUAACACAGAUUCAUCACUAAUAGAAACAACGGUUCCAUUCCAAAUCAAUACUAGACUCAGAUAUUAAACUUACUAUUUAAGUUAAUGUGAAUUAUUAUGUGCUGAGGUUUGGUUGAUGCUGAUACACUGUUUUAAAUGUGAGGAUAAACUGGGUCACUUGGUUUGUGUCGCAUCCUAAUCUGCUGCUGUUUUUAUGUAACAGGACUUGACUCUGAUCAAUGAUUGACGCAAAGGGAAACAUUCAAAUGCUUCAGCUGCUCUUUCUUAUUUCAGAAUUAUUUAUGGAAAUGGUUUAUAUUAAGCAACUUUUAUGCAGAGGUUUAUGAAAUAAAGUAAAUAAAGGUGAUUUUCUUUCUGGAAAUGAAUAAAUAUUAUAUUAUA